AUGUAUAAAUUCUUUAUAAGAUGGGCAUUCGUUUUAAAAGUGUCUCAAGUUUCUACAGAUGUGCUUGAGGAUGAAUUUAAUAUAAAUGAUAUAUUGCGUACGGACCUCAUGCCGACAUUUUUUAUGAUCGACGAAGAUAGCAAACCGCAAAAUGUAAGCGAUACCUCGAUGAGCAAACACAUGACGUCCAUUAAUGGAUCGAUUGAUGCGGCGUUGUCAACCCUCGAUUUCCACAGGAAAAUGAUGAAUGAAUAUCGCUGUAGGAACUAUCUCGCUGAACAAAUAUUGGGCGAAGUGGGUAAAAGUGUCCUUCAAAAUCGGAUCGGUAGGCCGCACGAGAGUAAUGGACUUGAAAAAGAUCUUCUCACUAGGCGCUCUCAGGAUGUGCGGAGCAAUUUUAUGUACGAUCCCGGUUCAACGAAUUAUCAGGAAUGGCUGGCUAAGGUGAUGGCUCUCAACGAUAUAUAUCGGCAUCAAAACAUGUCUUUAAGUCCUUACAACACUAUGUUUACUGAGUCUGAAGGACAACGUCCACAAUCGAGAGAGGGCUAUGAAGUUAUAGAAGGCGCUGAAAUGACGUUAGGUGAUUCCGAUGGACUUAUGUAUGAAGUUUCAAAACAUGGUGGUGGUUAUGAGUACAACGUGCCUCCACCUCCGCCACCGUUGUACCAGCACCCAUCCUCACAAAUACACGAUAUCCAUGAAGAAUACGGCAUGGAACGGGAGUCUCAUGGACUGGGUAUCACUGAUCUCUUCGAUAUAUCGCUUACUGGCAUCGCUUUCUUGUCUUUUGGCAUGUUUAUAUUGCAAGUUCUCAUGUGUAUCACAAUGAAUCAUCAACCUACACAAGUAAUGCAACUAGUUGACAACACGGAUACAGUCAACGUGGAUGACGUUUUCCGGGUAAAGAGAGACACUGAACCGCGUCGCCGAACCAUUUCUACCCUUAACAGUUUGUCACGCCACGCUUUAAUGGCGAUCAGACCUCAGUCCUUGGAAUGCCUCUACCGCACACUAUGUCUAGGGAAUAAACAUGCAAGGAACAUUCGGGACAGUAACAAAUAUUGGCUUCCUUUGUGGCAUGCAGGUGUAGCAUGGACUCGCGGAGGCGUAUUGGGCGCUCUGCAAGCAGCUGUUCUGGGACUUGGUGACGCUGAUUGUAACGAAAUGUAUCCUAAAAAGCAAUGCUUGUAACUUAUUUAUAAGUUUUAAACUAAGUCAACGCUUGUAAUUUAUUU